GAGGCGAUUUAGCCAAUUUAGAGUUACGUGGCGUGGGAUAUUACCCAAGUCUGCAAAGAAAUGCCAAUAUUUCCCCGACAGAAACGACAGAGGAGGGCGCAGCGGGGCCAUCAUUAAAAUGCUUGGUCACGAACGCGCUGUCAGGUAAUGCUGAGACGGUUACCGGUCAAGUCAAUAUUUAUCCGGAUAGUGACGAUAAUUUUACUACACGUAAUGAACGUUUACAACGUCCCCGCUCCGCUGUGGAAGACAAUAAAAUAAUAUCAGAGGGAAGUCGUAAAAAAUAUUACGUAAAUGAAACUGAUAGGCACAACGGCUCUCUAGCCUCACCAGCAGACGAUCAGAUAGAGGACAUAAACGCGGAUUUGCCUCACAGUGCUAGUAGCAAAAUCUCAGUACCAGCAUCAGUAGAGAAUGCCCUCAAAUCACAACCCGGCUUGUUCAGCGUCGAUAACUUAAAUAGCGCUAACACCCUCUACCUAUCAACCCCAUGCACUCGGCAGCACAAGAGGUGCGCUGAAAAUGAUGACAAAUUGAGGCGAGCAGACGAUAGCGGACCUGACAACGUAAAUACUGAUAACAUAGCAUACCUGAGCACUGAAAAGCCCUUGACAAAUCACGGUGAUAAAUUUAACACGACGCAUUGUAAAGCACUCGUAAAUUCGGUUAGAGGACUUACAGCUAUGACAUUUGACGAGCCAAAGGCAGGGAGCGCAGAGAAAAUUCAAAACGAUUACUCCCCAAAACAAUUUGUUUCCACAGAGGUUUUACGUGUCAGUCAAUUUGAAAAAACUCAUAAUCAGACCAACGCAGACGACGGCUCUUGUGUUUGCUCGUAUCCUGAGGUGAGAUCUGUACAUACGAACAAAAUCAAUGCAAACGUGACUGGGAAGCAGAAGCAGACGAGACCUAUACAGGCAGGAGGCUCAGUUUGUGACUCGGGGACAGAAAUUCGGCAAAGUUCGGAAAUCAGCUUCCGUCUAAGUUCGGGCUGCAGUAUUACCUUUGAAAGGAAGUGGGGUAAUCAAAACCGUUUAAUUGAAAACGAAAAUAAUGAUCCCGGGUCUGAAAAUAAAGCGUCCGCUGAACAAGAAUUGAUUAUCGAUCGAAACACAGGUGGCGCUAUUCAGAAAAAAGAAAAGUUCAAUAGUGUCGAGUUAAGCGUUGAAUGCUCAGGCGAGAGUGAUCGUAGCAAAGCAACAAACGUUGUACAGUAUGGAAGUUACAGACCCCUGCAGCAUGGUCUUAGCUCCUCGGAUUCUAACGUGGUCCUCGAGCAAGAGAGAACUAAGCCUCGAGGAGGUCUGCCGGGGACUGCAGUAACAAUCGCAGAGAGAGGAGGGGCAAAUACAAACUGUCAACUCCGUUCAGAGUCACCGAGUAAGUUAAAUAACGAUGACAGUCGCAAGUGUUCGGGUGACAAAAGCUACCAGGACAUUAAGCAGCUGCAAGUAUCGCAGGUUAUUGAACGUGUUUCGCAACCUAUCUCACGUCCCUUGAGUGAUAAAACAUCACUGAAAUAUAUCGAUGCACCCGAAUCGGACUGUGUAAAUGAUUUAUAUGGAAUUGAUACAAGUGCGCUAACGUUCACGGAACUUAGUUCAGUGUUAUCAGAUAAUUUCAAUGUGACAAGGGAAACAAAAUGUAAUAAGCAGUCAUAUGAAUAUGGCAGUGAUGGAGCGAUUAUGACUUGUGGUAGACCUUCAGAUGAUGGUCACAUACAUCACUGGACCCAAAGUGGACAUUCAGAACCAGCAACGCCAAGGACAACCCACGAUCACAACACUCGAGUCAAAGAGGUAAAUAAACAAGGUCAUUCAAAGUUAACCAUUAAAGCAAAUACGGCGGAUAAAAGCGCAAAAAUGGCUGACAACAGGGGACUUUCACCCGGCGUGAAACCCAAAAUAAAGUCAAGAGGGGUCCUAUAUCAAAAUACACAUACGUUUGACCUGGUGGCGUCGAAAUUGGACCGUAGACCCGGUAUCAGGGAAAACACGCCGGUUAUUGACCAUGACUUAAAAAUCAAUUCAUGGGAUUCCACCAGCAAUGAUUAUAAUAAACAGGGGGUUGAUCGUGAAGGACUUGAUCCCAGAGAUCGGCAUAGUGAUAAACCCCUGUUUAAUGACACUAGGCAAACUAUACAACAGGUUAGCAAACACGACAGCAAAUAUCAGGGAUCUCGAGACUUGCAUGUAUUUCAGAGCAGGGACAAUCCAGCGUAUGGACACAUAACGCUGAAUACACGUACUGCAAAUCAAAUACCAAAGGGUGGUGAUAGCAACAAGACGUCGGAUCAUAUAGCAAAUGAAACGAGUGGAUUACUCAAGGGACCAGACACCGACAAUAAAUUCAAUAACGGAACUUAUAAUGCGGAUUGCGUCAGUCGAAGCAGUUUACCAGAGAAAGACACGAUUCCCGUGACAACGCAUAAUUUUUGUUUACCUGGAAAUUCCCCUGGCGAGGAAAUAUGUACUAAUCUAGUUAAUGGACGCAAUGAUGCCAGAGGAGGUGAUUUAACACACGGUUUAAUGAACGGAAACGAGAAAACAGGCCAGGAUAAUGAGGCAGUCGAUAGAAAUAUGAGAUAUAAUGAUAUUCCAGUGCAGCCAGUGACCGCUAUAGCGACUUCCACUGCUGUCGCGCGACAAGAGAUAGAAUCAGACUCUCUAGGGCGACCUGGGUCUCCUCUUCGACGCCCAGUGGUGUCAGCUGUCGCCAGUGCCGAAGCGUCAGGACUCAAUCCCUUCUUUGCCGUUGCCCGGGCAACUGCUCACGCUGCUUCUAUCGCCAGCGCCAACGCUACGUCAGGCGUAGCUACAACCAGGGGUCACGCCAUGGUUCCGUCAGACGUGACCGUGGUUAUGUCUACGUCCUGUACGUUAAACGCCGCCAGCGAUCAAAACAUUUUACAAGAUGCCAGUGACGUCAGUGGUGCUAUGAUAGGAAGUGACGUCAUGAAAGUAUCGGUGAGGUCAGCGAGUGCAUCUCCAUUUGGAGCUGGCGGUAGUAGCAGUGCGAAUAGUUUACCGGUAACUAAGGCAGAUAAUACCAAUGCGAGCUACAGAGAUAGGAGAUCUCCAUAUGAAAAUGCAAUGCAAAAUACCAGGGAUGAAUACGAACAGUCGCAUGCAUCUAAUGAUGCCUCAGUACAAACAGUAAGGACAUAUCUUCCGCGCUCUGUGAGCCCUACCAAGCGUCUGGGUCCAAUGGAACGUCAUAUCUUAAGAGAUGAUUCCUUCAACAGGAGGCUUAAAACUCCGGACAGGUUACUGAGUCCAGAAGCGUCACCGUCGGCGUCUCCCACCAGGGCACUUAAAGCGAAUAUUCCGUCAUGGUAUAAAGAAAUGCAUUAUCGACCUUCGAGGAAUGAUGACGACGACGACGAAUGUGACCACGUCAAGGGAAAUUUGGAUUCAAAACGACAUCAUUCACCUGUGAAAAUGAGGUCCUCAAGUCCAAAGGAUUCUCAACGUAAACAUACAAUCUUGAACACUACUAAUGAUUUCAUAACAGGCGGUGUACCAGAAGUGCCUUUGCAUGCAGAAAAUGCGCCACCGCGUCCACCACCCCCAAAGAAUUAUAAUACUGCUCCAAGUAGACCAGAAAAGACGUACAUCAGAAACACCGGUAGUGUUAGCAGUUUGGACUCCGUGAAUCAACAAAAGAGACCUCAACCGCCUCCCAAAACGUACAAAUCCGUUCUACAGGAGCCUGUGUCAGCUCCUGCAUCUCCAGCUCAACCGUAUUAUCAUGAUACGAACGACUCAAGGCCCGACGUGCUCGUUCCUCCAUCCAAAAUGAAAAGCAAAGUCAGUCGACAAUUAUUCCUUCGUGAUUCUCCGCAGAACCAAGAGCUCAGCGGCGCUGCGUCUGAAUCUGCCAAGUCUCGUUUUGAACGUGAAUCUCAUCAUAAAGACAAGGCACAUGUACCUGUGCCGAAAGUAGAAGAUAUGGAUCUACCCGGGAUUAAUUCUGGUGCAAACAAAACUAGCCCAGCUCUGGAUUUAAAAGAGAAACUGCGUAAAGCACGACCAAAAAGUUUGACUGUAUCACGUAAUGAUAUUGAUCAAGCAAUUGCUGAAGCUAAGGCGAAAUCACUGCAGCGUGCCAGCAAAACCAAGUCCAUGGAUAACAUUUAUAUGUGCCACGCAGGCCCCCAUACACAUCCCAGCAAAUUCUUCACAGAAAGAGCCUCUACACCGUGCUUACUGGAGACAGAUCUGGAUACUGGGAAAGAAACCAGAACAUUACUGUACCAGGAAACUAAUCUAGAUGAAGUCUUAAGUCCAAUAAGUAAAGCAAAGAGCAUGAUGGAAUUAACGAGCAGUAGGCGUUCAAAUAAGUUGGAAAAAGGAUCAAACGACGUUCCAUUGAGCGACGGAGAUUUAUCUAGUGACCAACGCAGCCAAUCCACGUAUGGUCUUCGCGUUAGCAAAUCUCUCCAAAAACUUACUGUGCCAGAUUGGUAUAAAGCGUCUCCUGUCAGCCACAAACCUAAAGAGGGAGUUUACUUAAAGAAUGCCAACAGCGCCGGUGAUAUUUUCUCACCGUCCCCGAGACCAGUGGUAUCGCCACCUGCGAAGUCUCGACAGCAACUUGGCUCGCGUCCCGUGAUAACGCCUUGUAGGGUGACGCCGCCACUGUCGGUCAGUAGUAACAAAUCUUCACCCACAACACCAACGUCACAGUUAAGCACAACAAAAUUUGAACUACCUAGUGCAAAAUUUCGCCAAAGCCCAAGUGAAUUAAAACGCAUAGAAAACCGCUGGGGAAGUGGAAGCCCCACUGGCAGCAUGUCGGUAGUACCUAAAACCAAGCAAAGCCCAACUAGUAAUGGGCCUGGAACUAAUGGGCAGCAGGAGGAAGACGGGCAACAAGAACCAACGUAUGACCCUGUUAUUAAUGAGAUCUGUGCUCAAAUUGAUGCCAUUACAGCGCAGACGCAGGGUAAUUCUCCAACAGAAGGAAAACCGCUGCCUCCAAAACCGGAAGUAAACAUGCAGCUGGCAUUUGAAGCUGUACAGCGUUUCUUUACUCCACCGCAAUCUCCAGCACGACCGUUCGAUACAGCUGGGACUUUGUCCAAAGAGUCGAGCCUUGCAGACCUUUAUUACUACACACCGCCCGUAGAAAGACGAACUACUGAGUGGGACGCACCGGAACCGACAGGAAGACAUUCUAGAAACUUGUCCUCUCAUGCUGGGAGGUCCACUCCAGCGACAAUGGCGUCAUCUAGGCCCUCGUCCGCCAUGUCUGCUUUUGGAAGAGCGUCUGGCAAUCACACCCCGUUUCCUAUUCUACAAUUCGCAGAAGCUCAGGGAAACGAGUCACCAAGAGAAAGUAGCACUCCCAAACCUCUGAGACACAAUGAUCUAGAGGUGACAUUCACAGAAACAAAUUUGGACGAUUCGGACGAGGAAUGGGACGGUGGUUUGGCAGAAGACGUGUUUGAAGAUUCUCUUGAGAAUGCAUCUAUGGAGGAGGUCCUUAAUGGUUUAUUAUCUCUUCCAAAUGACACCCAAUCCCCAACAAGGGCUCAAGCUGAUAGCCUCGAGGGCGGGCCGGAGAAAACCGGUGUGCAGAACUUCAUGACAUCUGCAUUGCAGGAAUCCCCAAUGAGCAGCAUGCUUUCCCUGGACGCCAGUGGAACUUCAGUCGACCUUAGCAUGUUCUCCUUGAAUAUGAGCGCAGAUAGUACGCAGAGUAUACAUUACUUAGAGGAGGAGAUACCUCCAGAGAAAACAUCCACUGAAGUCGUGGACGACGAGAAAGUUCUUGUGAAGUGUCGAUAUCCUCAGUGUUGCAAGGUUCAAGUGCUCAAAGAGGCUAGAAAAAGCUAUAAGACCUGUCACCAUUGUUAUACGUAUUAUUGUAGUCGACAGUGCCGCAAAAUGCAUUGGGACAGUCACAAGAAAAGAUGCCUCUACAGUCGAGUGAGCAGUGUGUGCAAAAAUGUAAUCAAAAAGAUUAACAAGGAUCAAGACUUAUUGUACCAUGUAUCGCGAGUUGCACGCACUGGGUACUUGUCUCGAGGUCGAGGGUAUGUCCAUAUCUAUUUUGAUACCCCCGAUGCUGCAAGUGAGAUGUUGGAGAAAGGAAUGGACUACCCUCCUGAGUUAAAAUACGUGUCAGUCAAAGAACUAGAGAAUCAGUUAGACAACGAGAAGCUGUCAGAACUUCACGCGUUUGCGAAGAAAUACAACCCAGAGUUCAAAUUCGUGGUGCAUGUUUGCAUUCUAGCAGCGAAGGAAAUUCCAGUAAAGCCAACUCCACGCCUGGCAGGACCACUCAUACACAAAUGCGCCAAACUGCGACUCAGCGCUGCACAUAUUAAAACUAAACCAGGUGCCAAAGAAGAACAAGAAACUCUUAUUCUUACCGCAGUCCCGGGCGCUCACGAACUCGAAGAGCUCGGGCCACAAAAAGCGCGGGAAGUGUGCUUUAUCAAUAUACAACGGAAAGUACGUCAGAGGGGUGUGAGCUUACGUCACAUGUACCCAACCGUGUACAAUCAAGUGUGUGAUUAUGUGGCUAAUAACGAGGAGUUUGCGCCCAUUUUGAUACUCCCAUACGACGGCAAUACUGGAAAACGAUUUAUGUGCAUCAUAAUGCCGAAAUCCGACCCGGAAAUGGACUGGUUGGAGGCUAAAAGGCUGAUGAAAGAUUUAGAUCUCUCCAUGGAUGCCAGAGACAAUAAUGUGAACGCUGCUACUGUUGCAGCAAGCGCUGAAGUUAAUGGAUCAAGUAUCCCCAGUCGCUAAUGAUUCAGAUUCAAGCAGGACCUCUCUGAUAGUUUAUGGCCUGCAAGUUAGAAACUAUCCCAAAUUGAUACCCGUGUUACAAAUAUAUACAUGGUUAUUCAAAAAUGGGGAAAGUCUACGGAUGCUCUUGAAACAACACUUUUGUUCUUUGUUAUACUUUUGCAAAGAAUUAUGUUAAAAGAAUUAUGUUAAAAUGUGUUUCAAAAUAGGCCUACCCAGAUAACAAGAACACUUGGAACCUUCAGCACCAAGGACAUGAACCAACAUUGAGAAUAGACGAUAUUUGUAUUGUUACGUGCGCUAUAUUUACACGUUAAUCAGAUUAACUGGAUGGGUCUGUAUUUGGUUGAUCUUUAAGGCAAACAAGAUUUAACGACCAGAGUUUAUAUGUAGGUGAAUUGAAUCACAUCGGCUGUGAGGUUACGUAUAGGAUUAAGACAAUCAUUUUACUAAAGUACUUUACAAAAAAUUACCAUGCUUCUUUUUAACGUACCAGAUAACGUACAUACAGUGUAUAUAUAUCAUUAUGCGUCAGUUUUGUGUCUUUGGUUCGGAAUUAUUAUUAUUAUUAUUAUUGUUAUUAUUAUUAUAUUGGCAACUAGAGAAAAGUGUGUUAAUUGUUGGAUAUAAGUAAUUAACAACAUACUUUAAGUUUAAAACCACGUUAAGAAAAAAAACCCAGUAUAAAAGCAGCUAUACUUACAUUAUGAAAGUUUUAGAUCACCAGGUGGCCUUUGUUUUCUAUCCAGGGAUUUAGAAACUCAAAUAUAUGUUGAUAAGUGCUCUAAGUAAUAAGGUAAUGGUGUUCGCUUAAAUUUCAUUUUUUUAUUAAAACCUGGACGCACUUUUUAAUGUACAGAUGGUGGUGCAAACAAUUGUGGAUAUAUAUUAAUAUGCCAAAGCAGAGUAAAACAAAAUUGGGUAGUUUGUCUCAGUCUAUUUGCAAGAACAGUGUGUCAAUAUUCAAGUAUAUAAAGCCAACAAAUAUAUGCACAGAGGGUUGUGAUAUUGAUUAGUGAAUAAUGAGCGCAUAUUUUAAAUACAUUUUUUUGUUUGAACAUUCCAUUUUAAGUUAACGGAUUCCAGGAAAAGCUUGCCGGUAAAUGGUUCUUGUACUUUUUAAUUAUAUGCUAAGCUUUUAAUUUAUUCAGUCAGAACAUUUCGUGUAAAAUUGUACAUUCCACAUAAUAAGAACGUCACAUUUUGUUAUCUAUAACAAUAGUUCUUCGAAAAGCCAAAAUAUUGUUUUCGUCUGCCAAAGAAUAUAAGAUGAAGUGAUCUGAAAUAUGUAGCUGAUGUUUCUUACUAUUUUUGUCAAAAAAGGACAAUGUUAUUACAUUUAUCAUUUUUGAUGCAAAUCCUUGUGUAGACCGGUGUUUAAUUAAGUAGGUAUAAGGUUGAAAUUAGAAUAUUCACGUGUUUGUGGUUUUAAGUAAGUCACAAGUCAUUCAUUUCCAUGUGCAAAGAUCAUUUAAGACAUUAAGACAAAGUUUAUCAGUUGUAGAAAUCAAGAAAUCAAAAGUGAAACCCAGUCAAGGCUUACCUUUAUAGUCGUGAUACAUUAUGAGCCUACUUACAUUUUUUUGUUACAUAGUGCCAUCUAAUGGCUUGGUCAGGAUUAAAUCCUACUAUGAUUAUAAAAAAAUUGGCAGUGAGCUUUUAGGGCACGAGUUGAUCGCUAAAUUCUCCUGUGCUUGUGCCAUUUGAUACUUUCCCGAAUUGAGUAUUUUUUGCAAAUGUUGAAUAUUAUAUCCAAUUUUCAACAGUAAUUGAGUGGAAAAUGAAAUUGGUAAAUAUAUAUGUAAAAAUCAAGCUUGUAUAUAUAUAUAUAUAUUGGUGACUCUUGUUUCAUUGUAUUCGGUUCUUAUUAGAUGUCAAUCCGUACAUCACGUCUCACGUUUCACGGUGCUUUAUUUUAAGUAUUUAUAACAGUAUAUUAUAUGAUAAAUUAAGUUAUUGUGAAGGGUAUCACGAAUGCAGCACAAAUAAAAUGUUUUGAUAUAAAGUGCAUUUUGCUUCU